GAAGAAGCGUAGAGCAGUAGGUGCACAUCGGUGCACGUACGAGUGUGACGGCACGCCGAAACUGAAACGCCGAGAGCCACGAACGUUUAAUGUCGCAUUUCCGUGCUGUUUUUCUACGGUGAGCAUCUUAGUCAGUGAGUGACUAUUAAUAAUAAUCUCGGGUGUUUUCUCGAACGUGUAGUUUGUCGAGGUACUAAAGAAUGGCAUCCGAUGAGGAGGUGGACGAGAGCUACGCGGGAGAGGAUGACAUAGAUGAAACUGGAGGUCAAGUUUCAAAUGUUAACCAACAAGUGGAUGGUUCAUCCGAUGCAGAAGAAUCUCAAAGACUAGAAGAAGAUGAUGAUUAUGAACCAGAGGAAAGAAAGAAGAAGAAAGGAAAAAAACGAAAAGCUCGUAGUGAAGAUAAGAAAGGGAAGAAAAAGAAGAAAAAGAAAAAAUCUGAUUCUGGAGAUGAAAGUGAUUUUGGAGGAGGCGGUGAAACUGGUGAUGUAGCUGGUGAUGAUAGUGACUACGCUGGAAAUAGAAAAAGUAGAAAAUCUUCCUCCAGGAAAUCGUCUAGUCACAAUGCACCUGCUCCUCCUAGCCAGGAACCUACAACAGGAAUGCCUACAAUUGAGGAAGUCUGUAAUACUUUUGGGUUAACAGAUGUACAAAUUGAAUAUACUGAUGCAGACUUCCAGAAUUUAACUACCUAUAAAUUAUUUCAACAACAUGUCAGGCCGCUACUAGCAAAAGAGAAUCCAAAAGUUCCAAUGUCGAAGCUUAUGAUGUUAGUGGCUGCCAAAUGGCGUGAUUUUUCUGAGUUAAAUCCUCACACACAGCCAGAUGCGGAUGUGUCUUCUGCAAAUGUAGAUGAAGAUAGUAGAAAUGCAAGGGCAAAUCGUAGUGGUGCAGUCCAGGAAGGCGAAGAUGAAGAAGACGAUGACGAAGAUAGUGAUAGAAAACGGAAAUCGCGAGGAUCGAGAGCGAAGAAGGGAAAGAAAGCUUCGAAAGUACCAACACUCAAGAUCAAACUUGGAAAGCGCAAACGAGGAAGCUCGGAUGAAGAAGCAGAGGGUAGUGGCGUUGGUACUGACAGAGAUUCAGACAUGGAAUUCGAGCAAAUGUUGGCAGAUGCGGAGGAACCUACUGGUGCGGAUGGGACGAACAAAGGAAACGCUGAAGAAAGCGGGGUUGAACCACCAGCAGAACCACCUGUUCGCAGGAAGGCAAAGACCAAAAUCGGAAAUAAGACUAAGAAGAAGAAAAAGACAAAAACCACGUCAAAGUUUCCAGACGGAGAAGAAGGUCUUCAGACUGAUCAUCAGGAUUAUUGUGAAGUAUGUCAACAAGGUGGAGAAAUUAUUCUAUGUGAUACAUGUCCUAGAGCUUAUCACUUGGUGUGUCUAGAGCCUGAAUUAGAAGAAACUCCGGAAGGAAAAUGGAGUUGUCCUCAUUGUGAAGGAGAAGGUAUUGCAGGUGCAGCUGAAGACGAUGAUGAGCAUAUGGAAUUUUGUAGAAUAUGUAAAGAUGGUGGUGAAUUGCUAUGCUGUGAUAGCUGUACUAGCGCGUACCAUACACAUUGUUUGAACCCACCACUUUCAGAAAUUCCUGAUGGCGACUGGAAGUGUCCCAGAUGUUCUUGUCCACCUAUACGUGGAAAAGUUGCAAAGAUCUUAACAUGGAGGUGGAAGGAAUGCCCAGAAACACCCUCGGAGGAGCCGUCAACAAGUAAAGCUGCUCCUAAGCAACGUAGAAUACGCGAAUUCUUCGUGAAAUGGGCUGAUAUGUCUUAUUGGCAUUGCGAUUGGAUCACAGAAUUACAGCUUGACGUUUUCCAUCCUCUCAUGUUUAGAAAUUAUUCACGAAAAUAUGAUAUGGACGAACCACCGAAGUUGGAGGAACCGUUAGACGAAAGCGAUUCCCGAGUGAAACGUUUAAAAGAACAGGACGUUGCAACUAAUAGGGAUGAAUACAAUUUAGAGGAACGAUUCUAUCGUUACGGAGUUCGACCAGAGUGGCUUGUAGUGCAUCGAGUAAUUAAUCAUAGGCUUUCAAGAGAUGGUAGAGCGACGUAUCUCGUUAAAUGGAGGGAAUUAGGAUACGAUCAGGCAACUUGGGAAGAUGAGCAUGAAGAUAUUCCUGGAUUAAAGCAAGCUAUCGAAUAUUACUUGGAUCUCAGAGCUGCAAACUGUUGUGAUGGUAGUUCGUCUCGCAAGGGCAAGAAGGGUGAGAAGAGUAAAGGCAAGAAAUCGAAGACUCGUGAACUCAUCGAUGACGAAGAAAGAACGCCUAAGAGGUAUACUCCUCCACCUGACAAACCUACCACAGAUCUAAAGAAAAAGUAUGAACGGCAGCCAGAAUAUCUGGAUCAGACUGGAAUGCAGUUACAUCCUUAUCAGUUAGAAGGUUUGAAUUGGUUAAGAUAUUCAUGGGGCCAAGGUAUAGACACUAUUUUAGCGGACGAGAUGGGUUUAGGAAAAACCAUCCAAACUAUCACCUUUCUGUAUUCAUUAUACAAAGAAGGUCACUGCAAGGGACCGUUCCUUGUAUCUGUUCCUCUAUCAACUAUCAUUAACUGGGAACGUGAAUUUGAAACCUGGGCACCUGAUUUUUAUUGUGUUACUUACGUUGGUGACAAGGACAGUCGUAUCGUAAUUCGUGAGAAUGAAUUGUCUUUCGAAGAGGGUGCUGUUCGUGGUGGCCGAGCAUCGAAGAUCCGAUCGAAUCAAAUUAAGUUCAAUGUACUUCUUACCAGUUACGAGCUGAUCUCAAUUGAUUCUGCGUGUUUAGGAUCGAUAGAUUGGGCUGUAUUAGUAGUAGACGAAGCGCAUAGACUCAAAUCUAACCAGUCGAAAUUUUUUAGACUAUUAGCGUCCUAUAAUAUCGCGUAUAAAUUAUUGUUAACUGGAACUCCUCUGCAAAAUAACUUGGAGGAAUUGUUCCAUCUUUUGAAUUUCCUCUGUCGUGAUAAAUUCAAUGACUUAGCUGCGUUCCAAAAUGAAUUCGCUGAUAUUUCAAAAGAAGAACAAGUGAAGAAGUUGCAUGAACUACUCGGACCACACAUGUUGAGGAGAUUAAAGGCUGAUGUAUUAAAGAAUAUGCCGAGUAAAUCAGAAUUCAUCGUCCGUGUCGAAUUAUCGCCUAUGCAAAAGAAAUAUUAUAAAUAUAUAUUGACGAGGAACUUCGAGGCGCUGAAUCCCAAGGGGGGAGGUCAACAAGUGUCGCUAUUGAAUAUCAUGAUGGAUCUUAAAAAGUGCUGCAACCAUCCUUAUUUAUUUCCAGCCGCGUCUCAGGAAGCACCAACCGCACCAAACGGAAGUUACGAAACGUCUGCAUUAAUCAAAGCAGCAGGAAAAUUGGUUUUAUUGAGCAAAAUGUUAAAGAAAUUAAGGGAUGAUGGACAUAGAGUCUUAAUCUUUUCUCAAAUGACAAAAAUGUUGGACAUUCUCGAAGAUUAUUUAGAAGGAGAGGGUUAUAAGUAUGAAAGAAUAGACGGUAACAUUACUGGUGCUCAACGACAGGAAGCCAUUGACAGAUUUAAUGCACCUGGCGCGCAACAGUUUGUUUUUCUACUUUCUACUCGGGCCGGUGGUUUGGGUAUAAACUUGGCUACUGCCGACACUGUGAUCAUUUACGAUUCCGACUGGAAUCCACACAACGACAUUCAGGCAUUUAGUAGAGCACAUAGAAUUGGCCAAGCUAAUAAAGUCAUGAUCUACAGAUUUGUAACUCGCAACUCUGUCGAAGAACGAGUUACACAAGUGGCGAAGCGUAAAAUGAUGUUAACACAUUUAGUUGUGAGACCUGGAAUGGGUGGUAAAGGCGCCAAUUUCAGUAAACAAGAACUUGACGACAUUUUACGAUUCGGUACUGAGGAAUUGUUCAAAGAGGAGGAAGGCAAAGAGGAUGAAGCCAUUCAUUAUGAUGACAAAGCUGUGGCUGAAUUGUUAGACAGAAGCAAGGAAGGUAUCGAACAGAAAGAAAACUGGGCCAACGAGUAUCUAAGUUCGUUUAAAGUAGCAUCGUACGUAACAAAGGAAGGUGAAACGGAAGAAGAAGCAGACACUGAGAUUAUUAAACAGGAAGCUGAGAACACAGAUCCAGCUUAUUGGAUCAAAUUAUUGAGACAUCAUUAUGAACAACAACAAGAAGAUAUUGCCAGAACACUUGGAAAAGGUAAACGAAUACGUAAGCAAGUGAACUAUAAUGAUGGAGGAGUAACUGGAGACCAAAGUACAAGGGAUGAUCAACCAUGGCAGGAGAAUCUUUCUGAUUACAACAGUGAUUUUAGUGCUCCUAGCGAUGACGAUAAAGAAGACGACGACUUUGACGAAAAGGGUGAUGGUGACCUGUUAUCUCGCAGAAGCAGGCGAAGAUUAGAGAGGAGAGACGAAAAGGAUCGACCUCUUCCUCCAUUGCUUGCCAGGGUUAAUGGAAACAUUGAAGUACUAGGCUUCAAUGCCAGACAAAGGAAAGCAUUCCUGAACGCGAUUAUGCGUUACGGUAUGCCACCACAGGACGCGUUUAACUCUCAGUGGUUGGUACGAGACCUGAGAGGCAAGUCGGAGAAGAAUUUCAAGGCCUACGUUUCCCUUUUCAUGCGACAUUUGUGUGAACCUGGUGCAGAUAAUGCCGAAACUUUUGCCGAUGGUGUCCCGAGAGAAGGUCUUAGCAGACAACACGUUUUAACAAGAAUUGGUGUAAUGUCUUUAAUAAGGAAAAAGGUGCAAGAAUUCGAACACAUAAACGGAUAUUACUCGAUGCCAGAAAUGAUUCGCAAACCGGUAGAACCUGUGAAAAUAGAAGGUGGUGGAGAAGGAGCAACUGGAACUAGCAGUACCAGUGCAACACCAGCUACUUCUAAUGCACCUAGCCCGAGUCCUGCUGCAACUCCAACGCCAACUGCUAUUCCUGGAAGUGCGAAUACUGACUCCAACAAGUCAAAUUCAGACGCGUCUGAAGUAAAAGAAUGUAAAGAAGUACCCAAGGACAAAGAAAGUGUUGAUGCGAAGGAUGUGGAAGAAUCAAAAGAAUCUAAAGAAGAGGAAGAGAAUAAUACGGAAAAAGAUAAAGACAAGGAGGACAUCAAGAAAGAAGAGAAGGAUACAGAGGGAGAAACACAGGAUAAAGAGAAGGAUAAAGUAGAUACUACAGACGAAAAAUUAGUGACGAAACACGACGAAAAAGUAGACAACUCUGAGAGCAAAACAAAACAAGAUUCCGAGGAAGAUGUAGUUAUCGUUAAAGACGAUGAAGAAGAAACAGAAAAGCGAGAGGUACUUGCUAGUUCGAUGUUAAAUCAGUGUAAUUUAUUUGAAACAAUUAAUAAGAUUUCUAAUAUUACAUUGAGAAUAUUAAUAUUACAGGAGAAAGAUAAUAAAGAUAAGGACAUAAAGGACUGUGAUUCAGAAACGAUAAAGCCCAAGCGCAAGUUCAUGUUCAAUAUAGCUGAUGGUGGUUUCACUGAAUUACACACAUUAUGGUUAAAUGAAGAGAAAGCUGCAGUACCUGGCCGUGAAUACGAAAUCUGGCAUAGAAGACAUGACUAUUGGUUACUGGCCGGCAUUGUUACACAUGGCUAUGGUCGUUGGCAGGAUAUCCAAAAUGAUAUUAGGUUUGCAAUAAUAAAUGAACCAUUUAAGAUGGACGUGGGCAAGGGUAACUUUUUAGAAAUAAAAAACAAAUUCCUAGCUCGACGUUUCAAACUGUUGGAACAGGCAUUAGUGAUAGAAGAACAAUUGAGAAGAGCCGCGUACCUGAACUUAACGCAGGAUCCUAAUCAUCCUGCGAUGAGCCUGAAUGCAAGAUUUGCCGAAGUCGAGUGCCUUGCAGAAUCACAUCAACAUCUUAGUAAAGAAAGCCUUGCCGGAAAUAAACCAGCAAAUGCUGUGUUGCAUAAAGUACUAAAUCAAUUGGAAGAACUGUUGUCUGACAUGAAAUCUGACGUGAGUCGUUUGCCAGCAACAUUAGCUCGCAUUCCACCUGUUGCUCAAAGACUUCAAAUGUCAGAGAGGUCGAUAUUGAGUCGAUUGGCAGCAACCGCACCAGGUGGUAGUAGUUCUCAAUCGGGCCAAGCAGCGCUGUUAGCACAACAGUUCCCGGCCGGUUUCUCCGGUGGACAACUGCCGGCUACAUUCGCUGGUGCGGCUAAUUUCGGAAAUUUUAGACCACAAUACUCAGUACCAGGUCAACCACCACAGGGAUUCACAGCUUGAAUAGUAAAUGGUUGAUAAACAGUGGCUCAAUCGAAAACUUGUAAUAGCGCAGGUCAACACUACCUCUCGACGAGGUCCAUGCGCGCUGUAUUAUUUUUCGUAAAUUACGAUUUCUAGCUGAAUUUUAUUAGAAGAGGAGAUGCUCUACGAUUUGACGAAGUAACGAAGACAGACACACACACGCAUACACAUAGACGUAAUACGUUACAUCUAAAUUACAUUAUUGCUGUAUUUAUUAUGUGUACAUUCGGCGUUUAGCAUCAAGAUUAUCAUGUUUUUGUAUUUAUACAUAUACGGUCCUUGUAGAAAGCGGCAUAAAUUAUUUUCUUAAGCUAAUUAAGAGCAUGAUUUAUAUUUCUUCAUCGACCGGCGUGUGUAUCGUAUCGUAACGAUAAGUACGUUUUACUUAAUAGAAACAAAAAUAACAACUUAUUUAAGAAACCAAUAUAGAUUUACAUAAAUUUAUGCAGUUUAAACAUAAGGUACGCUAAUUAAUUCGAGCGAUUAAUCGUUCGGCGUAAUUUAUUCGCAAUUUCUUUUUGCAUCAAUAUUUUCCUAAUGGAUGCCGGAAAGACUUAAUUAGUUGGAAGCCUAUCCCCGCCCCAUAUGUGUAUUUGUGAAUUCAGGGAUUUCAGUUAGGAUUGCAUACUGAAUACACAGAGUAUCGUCAUAUAAGAGUACCAUAAAUACGACGAACAAUGGCAAUCACCUUAGUUAAGACUGACAUUCACGUGAUGUAUUCAGGAGAUUUCAUUUCUUACACGAUUUUACAUGCUAUUGUAAUGCAUGGGUUUUUCAUACUGAAUAAGCAAGAUUCUUUACACGUGCAUGCUUUAAUCGUCAAUCUUUCAGUUUAAAUUUUUUAAAGAAGCAGAUAUAUCGUAUUGUGUAAGUACCACGUUGCAGAGAACAGAGACACAAAGUCUGUUUGAUACUUAAAUAUUAUAAUAUACACGGUGAUACAACUCUACGUAAUAAAUACGUAAUUCGACUCUGUAGGAAUCGACAGUUUUAUUAAAACGUCACGCCGGUGACUAUAAAAAUAUGACUUAGAUUUGAAUUUGAUAAUACCGUGAUUGUUUGAUAAAUAUACUUUGUACAUACUUGUCGAGUUACAUUUUACUGCACUACAUAUACUAAAAUACAUAUACACGUACAUAUUAAUAGCACUUGCGUAUAAGGUCAGAAAGCACGUCACAUCCCAUGCAUUAUAUUAGUAAAAAAAAAAAAGGAAGAAUAAGGAACGACUAUAAAUAUAAUUAUGAAACACAAAUACAUUAAAAAGUCUUGAGUAAACAUACUGUUCAAUUUUUACUAUCCCAAGUUUGAGAUAUAUUAAAGCAUUUUAAUUUCUGAGUAAUUGAUCUGCCAAAUUACUGCGUUGGCAUAUAAGAUUUUAAGGGUAAUUUAGGAUUUAGCUAAGAAAUUCUGAACGAGACUAUGAAGAUGAAUGAAAGGAAAACGAGCGAGAGGAAUGAACGAGUAUAAAGUGAAUUAAAGAUAUAAGCCGAAUCACGGAAUAUCGUUUGUUGUAUGUAUUAAUUCUGCUGGAAUAAAUUAAUAAUUAGAAACCACAUUA